AUGGAAGCCGUAUUGAAAGAAAAGCUUAGCGCCAUUGACAGAAUCAUAGAGAGAAUGAAGGAGAAAAAAGAGGUCACCCUGACGGAGGUUUUGAAGGAGGAGAUCGAGAGGCUCAAGAAACUGAACAAAGAGUACGAGGAGGUCCUAAACAGGAAGAAAGUCAAAAGCAAGGAGGAAAGCGGGGGAAAAGUGAAAUACACGCUCUCCGACGGGUCUGUGUACGUGGUGCACCGAGAGAAAAAGUACAAGUACCUUUAUGAUGCAAACACAUCAAUAGUUACAUACGAGUUUGGAAACGGGCAAAUUGAAAGAACGUUCCCCUUUGGGAUCAAGGAAAUACGCACGCCCGCAGGCAAAAUAGUGAUCAAGUCUUCCGAGAAAGAGUACGACGUCAUAUAA